CUUUUUUUUUUUUCCUUCUUUCUUCUUCCUCACCUGUGCGUCUGCUCUUCUUUUCUUCCCCUUGCACCGAGCAAAAAGAACCCAGCCAAGCCGACAACCCCACUUGGAAAACCGGUAAGGAGGCUUGAUGUUAUCCUUCUUUUCUUGUUCAAGAACAAGAUUUAGAAGCUUGGAAACCUCCCCCCUGCAGAGAAAAUCCCCGAUCUGCUCUGCUUCUUUCCUCCUCUGCCGCCGGUUGCUGCUCUUGUUUGUGGGUGCGAAAUUUUUCAAAUUUCUGAUUGCCGCCGGCCUUCCCCCAAACUGCAGCUCCGAUUUUUGCUGCUAAAUUCUGGUGCUAUUAUGGCUUAGAGCACUGGGAUUGAAUCUUCAGUAUUACGGGUUUGAGGUAAGUAAAUUUAUGGUAAUGCCCGUAUAAUUUUUAAAAGCAUGUUUUGAGUUGUUUUUGAAGUGGUGGCAAGAUUAAACCUGUUUUAUACAAAUAUGAGUAUGACUGAUUUGAAAUGAAAUUAUUAUGUUUUCUAUUGAAUUGAGUAUACCUACUUGAAGUUUAUUUAACUGCCCUGAUGAUUUGGAAAUGAUGUGUAAAGUAUGGUUUUUUUGUUAACUUCUGCUUAUAUUGUCUCCGACGUGGUCAUGUUAUUAGUGACCCUGCUAGUGGGGGUUAUAAACGCUAGCACAUGUCGACAUGUUAUUGAUAGAAUCGGUUCGUUCAAGUGACCCUGCUAGUGGGGGUUAUACACCAGCAAAUAGUGUGCCUGCCAGUGGGAGGUUUAUAACACUGACCGUGACCUAUAGAGAAUACGUCUAUUUCGUUCCCGUACUAUAUCCGUUUUUUGUGAUUACACUUGUUGGCAUGCUAUAAGUUUAAUAAGAGGCACUCCAUAUUUACUUACUGAGUUAUCUCAUAGUUUUUUCUUGUCCACCAUUUCAGGAAGCGAAGUCAAGGACGGGAAAAAACAAGAGGAGUGACAAGUUAGAAGGAUAACCAUCUUGUAAAUUGAACAUAGAUUUUAGAUAUAAAUCGUGAUCUUGUAAGUUAGACUUUAUUUGGAGAUUUUAUAAAUUCAUUGAAUGGAUUGUUAGUUUACAAGAGAUUUGACCUGGAGAUUUUGAGAUGAAGUCAUGUUGGACAUGGAAUUAUUUUUGAAAUAUAUGAUUUAAGUUAUU